AAAUGUGGUUAAAACUUCAUUGGAAAUGCUUUAUCAUCUGUGCAUUGUGUUGGCUUAAAAAAGCUGCUUUUGGGGCUAUCCUGGAUUCGAGAUGUUAUCUCGAAGGUGGCGGUUCAGCGGAAAGUUUUUUGGCCACGGAAGAUCUAGCUGUGGGUUCCAUUGUUGGCAAAUUACGCAUUAAUGGCAAUCCAAAUGCGGACACUGGUGAUAUAAAUCUCUCGUUGAGAGAGAAAAAUGCCCCAGUAGAGAUAAUAGCAGGCACUAAAGAAUUGGCUCUGUCAGUUGAGCUGGAUAAGGAAGGAAUUAAAGGGCCAUCAUCAAUAUAUGUGAAUGUCAUAUGCAUACGAAGGCAUUCAACAGAUCCAAGCUUCGUCAUUCCCGUCAAUGUGCGUGUGACGGAUGUGAAUGAUAAUGCCCCUCAAUGGAUUGGAACACCGUAUACACUGACACUAUCAGAGGUUACUGUACCCGGAACUCGGAUAUUACAGGGUGCACGGGCUGAAGAUGCCGACCAGCCGGGUCCCUUCUCGACGGUGGAGUAUCAAGUAUUACCCGGUCCAUAUGCAGAAUUUGUGCAAUUCCUCAAUCCCCUGGAAGGCACCUUGGUUCUAAAGAAGGGACUGGACUAUGAACAAUUGCAGAAUUUCACUGUCCAGUUGAGGGCCCAGGAUCAGGGUACACCACCCAAACACUCGGAUACAUUACUUCGCAUAGUCAUAACCGAUGCCGACGAUCAAAAUCCGAAAUUCCAGCGGGAAUCGUAUAGUGCUGAAUUGCCCAACGAUGGACGACCCGGGGAGUUACGUAUGCGUCCCGAACCGCUCAAGGCGGUGGAUCAGGAUGAGGGCAUCUGUGCGCCCAUACAAUAUACAAUUGUGCAAUCGCAGGAUGCCAAAUAUUUUCGCAUCCAUCCACAUAGCGGAGUGAUAACUCUAUUAACGCCCAUUGGCUAUGCCGAUGUGGCACAUGGCGCCACCUUGGUGGUCAAGGCCACUCAAAUAGAUAAUCCAGAUCGUUAUGCUCUGACCACGGUGCAAUUGACGCGACCGGGCACCCAUUCCGAGCUGAGCACUCUCUCGUUUGUCCAAAAACGUUUUGUGAUGCGCAUUAGGGAGGAUACGGCGGUGGGGAAUCGUAUAUUGGCUCUGCCCACCAAUAAACCGGGCAAACAUUUGAAGUACACCAUACCAGAUCCCAUCAAUUCACAGUUCUUCAAUGUGGGAUCAUUGGGUGAGUUGGUGCUGGCCAAACCCCUGGACUAUGAGAAGAUGACCAAGCACGAGUUCCAAGUGCAGGCCACUGAUGGUAUGACGAAUACCACAGCAGAGCUAACUCUGGAGGUAAUCGAUGUCAAUGAUUGGGAGCCACGUUUCCGGGAGACACACUACGAGUUUAUGGUGCCCAAGAGUUCACUGCAAUCUCGUACAGAUUCCUUUGAGGGGGUUCUCAUUGGCAAAGUGGAGGCGGCGGAUGGGGAUCGAAAUGACAAGCUCGAGCUAUCUUUGCGCGGUCAACAUGCGGGUCUCUUUGAGAUUGAUGCCACGGGAAACAUCUACAUGAGACCCGAGCAAAUGCAGAAUCUGAAUGAGUCGACGGUUCAUCUGAUAGCCAUUGCCACGGAUACGGGAGUGCCACCGCGCAGCACUUCGGUGCCAGUGAGCGUGACCAUGGAGGGUCUGAGUUUGGCCCAAUCAGCCUGGAACAGUAGCAGCAUGCUGGGCAUGUUUGGCAUGAUUGUGGGCCUCUUUCUGCUCAUUAUCUUGGCCCUCAGUUGCUAUAUUGUCCGUUCGAAUAAUAAGGGCAAAGGUAGCCCUAGUCUGGGACGGAAUCGGGUUCAUAGUCAGGCCCAUAGUAGUGUCUCUUCUGCCAAUUUGGUGACCCACGAGAAGCUGUCUGGUCAGAAUGGAGCCGUGUCCAGUGGCGGUGUCUCAGUGCUGCAUAUGAAACAUGGAGGAGGCAGUGGAGGUGGCAACAUAACUAUGGCCAAUCCCAUGAAUAAUGGCCUACAUCAUGUGGCCAGUGGUGCCAGCAGCAGCAUGGCGUUAGGCGGAUCCGUGGCACUGCUGGAGAGAGAACGGGAAAGAGAAAGAGAGCGUGAACGGCAACGGGAGAGCUAUGCGGCCACAGUGCGCAUCUUUUUGCCAGGCAUUGUUUCGCGUGCCUCAGCGAAUGGGCAGCUCUAUGAGGAGGAUGAGAUCGAGCAUGAUUCCCUGCAAACAGCAACGACACCAACGACAGAGAACAAUAAUCGAAAGGUGGCUACCAUAGCCACCAAUGGAGCUGCCACCAAUAGCACAGUCAAUCCGGGCUCGAAUCUUCUCUCUGCCACCGAUGCCAUGGGCUCCUCUGAGAACAAUUUGACGGUCUACUUUUAGACGCCUUUGGAGGAACUUGUAAAUAUUUGCUGCUAAGUCAGUUUAGAGUUAGCUAUAAUCCUAUGUAUGUACAUGUAGUAGACCAAAUAUUAUAUCUAGCCUUGUAAACAAAUUCACCGCACACAAUUUAAACAAUUAGUCCUAAGCGAAAGGGAGUGUGUUCCAAUUGUAAAGUUUUUGC